AUGGAUUGUGAAUUCCAGAUGAAGUUGCUGCUGGAGGAAGGUCUUAACUUCACAGCAUGUUAUCAAAAGUUGGGAGAAGCCUUUUUGCCAGAUGAUGUCUUUGAUGAUCAGAUUGAGAUGGUACCAGUGGGAGAAACUAUAGUGGAUGUCCGCCUACAGCAGGUUGCUGGCAAUAACCCCUCUGGAGAACCAGAUCCUCUGUUAAAGGGAGAUAUGAUUAAUAUCGUGACUGCCUGGAACUUUUCAGGCGUGGAGGCUUUCUAGCAUUGCCACCCGGAUCUUUUUAAGCAGUACCUAUUUCAAAAGGGAAAAUGCAAUGUGGUGAGCAAGUGACUCAAAGAACAACAGCCACCCAAAGUACCAAUGGAAGAAGAACUGAGCCCUUCCUGGACAGCUAGGGACUGAUUACAUAGAUGAACAUCAUCCAUGUAGCUGUGGAGGAAUUUUACUCGCUCCAGAACUAUGACAUCCCACAGGACAUACGAUGAGCAUGUUAACCUCAGUGCUCACGAUUCCUAGUCUAGCAUGAGGAGAGCCCUCCUUAGGAAAGCCAGCUCCUUACCCCCAACAACUGCACACAUUCUGAGCACUUUGCUGGAGUCCUGGGUCAGUUUGCCUUCGUAUGCUUCCAGUGCCAUUGAUAUCUAAUACCAGCUGAAGGAGUCCAAUGAAAGGGAUUUUAUCCUGGAGCUGGUCAAGGGCAUUUCUAAUGACCUGGACAUGACCAGCCUCAUGUGUGUGUAUUAUAACGCAGACAGGUGUUCCCUGUUCAUGGCGGAGGGCCCACCCCAUAAGAGAACACUGGUGUCCAAGUUUUUUGAUGACCAUUCUGACACCAUAGUGCUCCACUCUUCCAGUAUGGAGAAUGCCACCGAAGUGCAGGUUCCCUGGGGUAAGGGGAUUAUUGAAUAUGUACAUGGUAAGACAGUUAACACCCCAAAUGCUUAUGAGGACAUACGGAGGAUGCACGCUUCUACUGUUCCUCUCAGCCAGGCCUCUGUUUGGAGGAGUGUUUUGAAAAGUACCACAAAGUACAUGAGUAUUGGAAGGAGUGGCUCUGCACUGGCUCAACUGUACAGAACAUCAGCCACACUGGAGGACCACCACUUAAACCAUGCUGUGAUGAUACUGCAGAGCAAGGGUCACUAUAUUUUUACUACUCUUUGCUCCAAAGAAUAUAGCAGCAUGCUGCAGUUACUUAAAUAAGCCACCUUGUCCACUGACCUCACCUUGUAUUUUCAACAGAGAACCAAAUUCUUUGCGGGUGAAUGCAGGUGGAGUAAUGAUGAACACAGAGAAGUCCUCUCUUCUAUGCUUACGCCAACAUGUGAUUUAGGAGCUGUGACACAACCCUGGGAAAUCUCAAAGCAGGUGAGCAACAUUGUCACUGCAGCGCACUUUGAACAAGGAGACAGAGAGAGGGCAGAAGUGAAGCUAAGCCCCUCUGCCAUCUUUGACCGGAACAGAAAGGAUGUGCUGUCUGGAUUACAAUUACAGUGGAUUGAUGGGAUCUGUUUUCCCUUCUAGGCACUGGUGAAACAGAAUGUCAAGCUGCAGCCCAUGAUGGAUGGGAUCAGUGCUAACCGUUCAUAAUGGGAGGGGCUUUGCUUGUCCUACCAACAGUCCCACAGAACACGGCUUGACUCUUGA